AUGGUUCUGUUUAAAAUCAGGAAAGCAAAGUACCCAGAGAUAAAAUCCUUGAUGAAACCUGAUUCCAACCUGAUAUGGAUUAUAAUUAUGAUGUUCUUCACCCAGUUGGUUGCAUUUUACUUAGUAAAAGACUUGGACUGGAAAUGGGUCAUAUUUUGGGCAUAUGCUUUUGGCAGCUGUAUUAAUCACUCGAUGACUUUGGCAAUUCAUGAGGUUUCUCACAAUAGUGCUUUUGGCCACUGUAAAGCUAUGUGGAAUCGUUGGUUUGGAAUAUUUGCUAAUCUUCCUAUUGGUGUUCCUUAUUCAGUUUCUUUUAAGCGAUACCACAUGGAUCAUCAUCGAUACCUUGGAGCUGAUGGCAUUGAUGUGGACAUUCCUACUGAUUUUGAGGGCUGGUUUUUCUGUACCACUUUCAGAAAGUUUAUAUGGGUUAUUCUUCAGCCUCUUUUUUAUGCUUUUCGACCUCUGUUCAUCAACCCCAAACCAAUUUCUUACCUGGAGAUUAUUAAUACUGUAGCCCAGAUUAGUUUUGACAUUAUAAUUUACUACUUUUUGGGAAUUAAAUCUUUAGUUUACAUGUUGGCAGCAUCUUUACUUGGUUUGGGUUUGCACCCAAUUUCUGGACAUUUUAUAGCUGAACAUUACAUGUUCUUAAAGGGACAUGAAACUUACUCAUAUUAUGGGCCUCUGAAUUUACUUACCUUCAACGUGGGCUAUCAUAAUGAACAUCAUGACUUCCCGAACAUUCCUGGCAAAAACCUUCCACUGGUGAGGAAAAUCGCAGCUGAAUACUACGACAACCUACCCCACUACAAUUCCUGGAUAAAAGUUCUGUAUGAUUUUGUGAUGGAUGAUACAAUAAGUCCCUACUCAAGAAUUAAGAGGCAUCAGAAAGGGCAGGUAGUGCUGGAGUGA